AUGCCUCCGGCGUUCCUGCAGGUUGGCAACCUGCAGGAUGAAUGCCUGGGAAUUGCUGGAAUGAUGCGCAUGAUGCCUUUGGCAUGCCUGCAGGCCCUCUUCACAGAAGAGAAGGUGAAGCAGAUGGCGCAACAGGCGGACGCAGACUGCGACGGGUACAUCCACUACGCGGAGUUUAUCGCCUGGAUCCUGGACUGCGAUCCCAUGAUGUCCUCGCGCGUGCUGGCUGCCUCUACAUUUGUUGCGGAAGAGAUGCCCGAUGGCAUUUUGCCAGAGUCGCCUUUGAAACUAGCAGAGAAGCACCGGAAGCCUGGCAACGCGUUCUUUCAUUAG